AUGAAUGGCAUGGCCAAUAUCAACCCUGCCGCCCGCAGCCACUUCACCUCUGCCAUCCCUGUGCCCCGCGCCACAGCCCACGGCAAGCUGCACGCCACGGCCCCUCCAAGCACCCUGGCACUCCCUGUCCCUGCAGGGGCUCUGUCCCCCCAGCCAGGGAAAGCGCUGGCCCCCAGCACCAAGAUCCUCAAGCCCAAAGGCAGCGGCAGAGCCCCCGGCCGCGAGCCAGCCAAGAGCAGGGAGGGUAGCCCCAGCAUCCCUUCCGGGGGGGGGCAGAGAGCUUCGUCGAGACCCCUGGUGCCUCCCAAGAAGUGGCCAGAGGUAGUGGGCAGUGGGAGGAGAGGAGCAGGCAGGGUCGGGGAGCCCACGGAGCAGCCCAAACCCACCCUGACACAGGGCAGGGGUGGAGGGCAUCCAGGGGGGUCCCUCAGCAAGGGCAGUUUGGUGACCACUGCAGAGGUAGAGGAUGAACCCCCUGGCAGCUCACAGGGUCGAGGCUCCAUGUUUGGGUCAGGGGCCAUCACCUUCUCCUCAGGCCCCCUGCACAGCCACCCUGUCACCGCCACCGUGGCACCCUUCCACUACCGGCUGCAGGAGGAUGAGGGAGCCAUGUCCACGGGUGACGAGGGCCCUGUGACUGCGGAGGGACCUGACCCCAAAGCUGGAUACCUGAGCCCCCAGGGUGCCACUGUGGGCUGGUGUGGGGACUGUGGCAAGCGGGACGAGGGGGGCUUCCCAAGCAGGGUGCUAGGGCCUGGCCCCCCCACGCUGGCUUCACCCAUUCCCCAGCCUGCACCCACCACGUCCCUGCCUGCAAAGGACUUCGGGGGCUGCGGGCAGCUCCGGGCACAGCGGCUGCUGGCUCGAUGCGGGGGCAGCUCCCGCGGCACCCACGGGGUACAGCCAACACGGCGCCUGCAGCUGCAGCCCUCGGCCCGGGAGUCCCACAUGGCCCCAGGUCCCACUUGGUCUGCGGUGCGCAGUUCCUCUGCUCCUGGGUCCCGCACGCCCCCGCUGCCCGGCAUGCCCCCUCUGUCCCGCGCGUUCCCGCUGUCCCUCACGUUCCCGCUGUCCCUCACUUUCCCGCUGUCCCUCACGUUCCCGCUGUCCCGCACGCUCCCGCUGUCCCUCACGUCCCCGCUAUCCCGCACGCUCCCGCUGUCCCUCACGCUCCCGCUGUCCCUCACGUUCCCGCUGUCCCGCACGUCCCCGCUAUCCCGCACGCUCCCGCUGUCCCGCACGUUCCCGCUGUCCCGCACGUUCCCGCUGUCCCGCACGCCCCCGGCUCCCGCGCGCUCUCGCUGCUCGUGCUCGGCUCUGCACGUCUCCGGGGUCGGCGCGCGCUCCCGCCUCGCCCCUGUCCCGCCGCCGGCGGAGCAGCGAGCAGCAACAGCAGCAGCAGCGCCCGGCGGGUUAAAUGGUUGCAGCGCGGGGAUGCUGGGGAGCAACCUCAAGAGUCUUCCCGACGUGGAGCUGGGCGAGGAGGAGCGCGGUUACCGGCGGGGCCCCGACGGCGGCGCGGUGAUGCCGAAGCGGGCGAAGUCAGCGGCGGCGGGGCCGCGGGGUGCGGAGCUGCGCGUCUUCAAGGCGAGCAGCGCGGAGGGGCGGCUGCCGGCCGGCACCAACCUGCGUAAGCAGAAGUCGCUCACCAACCUGGCCUUCCUCACCGACGCCGAGAAGAAGCGGCAGCUCUACGAGCCCCGCUGGAGCGACGACAUGGCCAAGGCGUCGCCAACGGGGGCGGCGGCUGGGGGCGGUGGCCGGGGCGGCGGCGGCCCCCGUGGCCGGGAGGCGCCCGCCAUGUCGCGGAGCUUGUCCCGCUCCGAGCACUCGCUGCUGUCGCCGCGCCCCUCCGGCCCCGCCAAGCCGCCGCCCGCCGGCAAGCCCAGCCGCAUUCCCCGCGGGCCCUACGCGGAGGUGAAGCCCCUCAGCAAGGCCCCCGAGGCUGGCGGGGGCGGCGGCGGCGGCGGCAAGUGCGACGAUGAACUGCUGGGCGGGAAGGGGCCGGCGGUGGCGGCGGGCGCCGAGGAGAAGCCCUACCUCAAGGUGGACCCCGAGCUGGUGGUGACGGUGCUGGGCGACCUGGAGCAGCUGCUCUUCAGCCAGAUGUUGGACCCUGAGUCCCAGAGGAAGAGGACAGUGCAGAAUGUGCUGGACCUUCGGCAGAACCUGGAGGAGACCAUGUCCAGCCUGAGGGGCUCUCAGGUGUCUCACAGCUCCCUGGAGAUGCCCUGCUACGACAGCGACGAGGCCAACGCCCGCAGCGUCUCCAGCCUGUCCAACCGCUCCUCGCCGCUGUCCUGGCGCUACGGCCAGGCCAGCCCCCGCCUGCAGGCGGGCGAUGCGCCCUCGCUGGGGGGCACCUGCCGCCCCGAGGGCACCCCCGGCUGGUAUGUACACGGUGAGCGGGCACACUACUCACACACCAUGCCCAUGCGCAGCCCCAGCAAGCUGAGCCACAUCUCCCGCCUGGAGCUGGUCGAGGCGCUGGACUCGGACGACGUGGAGCUGAAGUCAGGGUACAUGAGCGACAGCGACCUGAUGGGCAAGACCCUGACUGAGGACGAGGAUAUCACCACGGGCUGGGAUGAGAGCAGCUCCAUCAGCAGUGGCCUCAGUGAUGCCUCUGACAACCUCAGCUCGGAGGAGUUCAACGCCAGCUCCUCGCUCAACUCCCUGCCCUCCACCCCCACCGCCUCACGCCGCAACUCAGCCAUAGCGCUGCGCACGGACUCGGAGAAGCGCUCGCUGGUGGAGAGUGGCCUGAGCUGGUACUGUGAGGGUGAGGAGAAGGUGCCCAAGAAGCUGGACUACGACAGCAGCAGCCUCAAGAUGGAGCACAGCUCCUCCAAGUGGCGGCGGGAGCCCUCAGACGGCAGUGAAGAGGGUACCAAGGGUGGUGAGCUGAAGAAGCCUGUCAGCCUGGGCACCCCGGGCUCCCUCAAGAAGGGCAAGACCCCUCCAGUGGCCGUGACCUCCCCCAUCACCCAUACGGCUCAGAGCACCCUCAAAGUGGCAGGCAAGCCUGAGACCAAAGCCACCGACAAGAGCAAGCUGUCUGUGAAGGGCACAGGCCUGCAGCGCUCCUCCUCCGACGCCGGCCGGGACCGUGCUGCCGACGCCAAGAAGCCUCCCUCAGGGCUCACGCGGCCCUCGGCCUCCGGCUCCUUCGGCUACAAGAAGCCAGCUCCUGCCACCGGCACAGCCACCGUCAUGCAGGCCGGGGGCUCAGCCACGCUCGGCAAGGGGCAGAAGAGCUCCGGUAUCCCUGUCAAGCCAGUGAGCGGCAGGAAAACCAGCCUGGACGUCUCCAACGCGCCCGAGCCUGGCUUCCUGGCCCCGGGGGCUCGCUCCAACAUCCAGUACCGCAGCCUGCCCCGGCCGGCCAAGUCCAGCUCCAUGAGCGUGACCGGGGGCCGCGGCACCGCCCGGCCGGUCAGCAGCAGCAUCGACCCCAGCCUGCUGAGUGCCAAGCAGGGCAGCGUCUCGGUGUCGCGCCUCAAGGAGCCGACCAAGAUCGGUGCCGGCCGUGGCGUGCCGGCCCCGGUGAACCAGACCGACCGCGAGAAGGAGAAGGCCAAGGCCAAGGCGGUGGCGCUGGACUCGGAAUGUGGGACGAUGAAGAGUGUCAGCUCCCCUGAGAGCACCCCCAAAGCCCAGGCCAACCUCCCGCCAGCGGCCAAGGUGGCUGAGCUGCCCCCAACACCUCUCAGAGCGGCUGCCAAGACCUAUGUGAAACCUCCCUCCUUGGCCAACUUGGACAAGGUCAACUCCAACAGCCUGGACUUGCCUUCCUCCAGCGAGCUGCACACCCCCCACACUGCCAAGCUCCAGGACCUGCACCCAACAGGCGGGCACCUUGCACCCUGCUUCAGCCCCAGUCCUGCCCCCAUCCUCAACAUCAACUCGGCCAGCUUCUCCCAGGGCCUGGAGCUCAUGGGUGGCUUUAGUGUCCCCAAGGAGGGCAGGAUGUACCCCAAGCUCUCAGGCCUACACCGCAGUAUGGAGUCCUUGCAGAUGCCCAUGAGCCUGCCCAGUGCCUUUUCAGGGGGCAGCACCACCACCCCCACCCCUGCUGCUGCACCCCCAGCCAGCACAGAGGAAGAAGAGGAAGAGGCAGGGGAGCUGGGCUGGAGUGGGAGCCCCCGGCUCUCACAUCUGGACAGUGCCAACCGUGACAGGAACACGUUGCCCAAGAAAGGGUUGAGGUACCAGCUCCACUCCCAGGAGGAGGCCAAGGAGCGGCGCCAUUCCCAUGCCAUUGGCAGUGGGCUCCCCGAGUCGGAUGACCAGACGGAGCUGCCCUCGCCCCCUGCCCUCCCCAUGGCGCUGGUUGGGAAGGGUCCACUCACCAGCAUUGUGAGCCCCACUUCCAGCACAGCCCCGCGGAUCACCCGCUCCAACAGCAUCCCCACCCACGACUCCACCUUCGAGCUGUACAGCACAUCCCAGAUGGGCAGCACCCUCUCCCUGGCCGACAAGUCCAAGGGCAUGAUCCGCUCGGGCUCCUUCCGGGACCCUGUGGACGAUGUUCACGGAUCAGUGCUGUCCCUGGCCUCCAGCGCCUCCUCCACCUACUCCUCUGCUGAGGAGAAGAUGCAGUCUGAGCAAAUCCGCAAGCUGCGCCGUGAGCUGGAGUCCUCGCAGGAGAAGGUGGCGACCCUGACCUCCCAGCUGUCUGCCAAUGCCAACCUGGUAGCAGCUUUUGAGCAGAGCCUGGUCAGCAUGACGUCCCGCCUGCGGCACCUGGCCGAGACUGCUGAGGAGAAGGACACAGAGCUGCUGGACCUGCGAGAGACCAUUGACUUCUUGAAGAAGAAGAACUCUGAGGCCCAAGCUGUCAUCCAGGGUGCCCUGAAUGGCACUGAAGUCACCCCCAAAGAGCUGCGCAUCAAGCGGCAGAACUCCUCAGACAGCAUCUCCAGCCUGAACAGCGUCACCAGCCACUCCAGCAUCGGCAGCAGCAAGGACGCCGACGCCAAGAAGAAAAAGAAGAAGAGCUGGGUGUAUGAGCUACGCAGCUCCUUCAACAAGGCCUUCAGCAUCAAGAAGGGACCCAAAUCAGCCUCGUCCUAUUCGGACAUCGAGGAGAUCGCCACGCCGGACUCGUCAGCCCCCUCCUCCCCCAAGCUGCAGCAUGGCUCCACGGAGACUGCCUCGCCCUCCAUCAAAUCCUCCACGUCCUCCUCCGUGGGCAUCGACACCACUGAGUAUGUGAUGCCAGGGCAGACUUGAUCUCUCCCUUGGCCCAGGCUCUUCCAGGCCCACACUGAGGGCGAGCCAGAGAAGAAGGAGGUGUCGGAGCUGCGGUCAGAGCUGUGGGAGAAGGAGAUGAAGCUGACAGACAUCCGGCUGGAGGCCCUCAACUCGGCUCACCAGCUGGAGCAGCUGCGGGAGACCAUGCACAACAUGCAGCUGGAGGUGGAUCUCUUGAAGGCUGAGAACGAUCGGCUGAAGGUGGCUCCAGGGCCCUCAGCGGUGCCAGGCUCUGUGCCUGGCCACAUCAUGAGCACAUCAGCCUCCUCUUCCCCCCGGCGCUCCCUGGCUCUCACCCUUGGCCAUGCCUUCAGCCCCAGCCUGGGGGAUGCAGAUGUGUCCCCCAUGGAUGCUGUCAGUUCUGGCAGCCAGAAGGAUGAGCUGACACUGCGGAUCGUGGUGCGCAUGCCCCCGCAGCACAUCAUCAAGGGGGACCUCAAGCAGCAGGAAUUUUUCCUGGGCUGGACCAAGGUGAGCGGGAAAGUGGACUGGAAGAUGCUGGAUGAGGCUGUCUGCCAGGUCUUCAAGGAUUACAUCACCAAGAUGGAUCCUGCUUCCACGCUGGGGCUCAGCACUGAGUCUGUCUAUGGCUACAGCAUCAGCCACAUCAAACGAGUGCUGGACACAGAGCCCCCAGAGCUGCCCCUGUGCCGCCGGGGCCUGACCAGCAUCGUUGUGACGCUCAAAGGCUUGAAGGAGAAGUGCGUGGACAGCCUGGUGUUCGAGACGCUCAUCCCCAAGCCCAUGAUGCAGCACUACAUCAGCCUGCUGCUGAAGCACCGCCGGCUCAUCCUCUCGGGCCCCAGUGGCACCGGCAAGACCUACCUGACCAACCGCCUGGCGGAGUACCUGGUGGAGCGCUCGGGCAGGGACGUCACCGAGGGCAUCGUCAGCACCUUCAACAUGCACCAACAGUCCUGCAAGGACCUGCAGCUGUACCUCUCCAACCUGGCCAACCAGAUCGACCGGGAGACCGGCACGGCGGAUGUGCCCCUGGUGAUCCUCCUGGAUGACCUCAGCGAGGCAGGUUCCAUCAGCGAGCUGGUCAAUGGUGCACUCACCUGCAAGUACCACAAAUGCCCCUACAUCAUUGGAACCACCAACCAACCUGUGAAGAUGACCCCAAACCAUGGUCUCCAUCUCAGCUUCAGGAUGCUGACCUUCUCCAACAACGUGGAGCCGGCCAACGGCUUCCUGGUGCGCUACCUGCGGCGGAAGCUGCUGGAGUCAGACACAGACAUCAAUGCCAACAAGGAGGAGCUGCUGCGUGUGCUGGACUGGGUGCCCAAGCUCUGGUACCACUUGCACACCUUCCUGGAGAAACACAGCACCUCUGACUUCCUCAUCGGUCCCUGCUUCUUCCUGUCCUGUCCCAUUGGCAUCGAGGAUUUCCGGACCUGGUUCAUCGACCUGUGGAACAACUCCAUCAUCCCUUACUUGCAGGAGGGGGCAAAGGAUGGCCUCAAGGUCCAUGGGCAGAAGGCAGCCUGGGAGGACCCUGUGGAGUGGGUGCGGGACACCCUGCCCUGGCCAUCAGCACAGCAGGACCAGUCCAAGCUGUACCACCUGCCCCCACCCACCGUCGGCCCCCACAGCACCGUGUCCCCCCCCGAGGAGCGCAGUGCCAAGGACACCACACCCAGCUCCCUGGACGCAGACCCUCUGAUGGCCAUGCUGCUGAAGCUCCAAGAAGCUGCCAACUACAUCGAGUCUCCAGACCGUGAGACCAUGGUGGAUCCUGACCUGCAGUCGACUCUCUGA